AUGUAUCCGUCCACUUAUACCAUGAUAUCCAUGCACAUGUACACAACAGCAAAGAGGUGUUGUAGCAGGCAGGCAGGCGCACAUUUUGACAAGAGGAACAUCCUUCACGACACGUCCUGGGAUUUGGCGGAAAGAAACAAAAGAAAAAAAUGCAGAUAUGCCAGCGAAACUCGAGUGCACUGGCAUUACUUUGCAGGACGUAUCUCCUCUGAAUUAUCUAAAAUGCAACGACAGUCGUGGCGCAACUUCACUGUCGACCGCCGCAUGAAUCGUGCCUUCACUCGCUGCACACGCUCGUCUGUACUGGUGUAUAUUUUAUAUUUUCAGCUCGAUGUGAUAGGAAACAGCAAGUUACAACAUUUCAUUACAAAAAGCAGGCUAGUAGACAAUCAAGAUGGAUAUCUUGGCAGAUGUUGUUUUCCAUCGGGGAUGUUGAUGGAACACGGAAUGGAAAAUAUCAACCAGAAACCACAACAAUCUCUGAAUGCCGAACGAACAAAAUCUAAUUUAAGUAGAAGGACAAAUUUGCAAAUAUCUUUCUAUGAAAGUUUCUUUAAAUUCGGAAAAAAUAUUUGGCAACAUUCGUGCCCGUUUCAGAAUGCACCAGAUAUAAAAAUAACAAUUGAAUGA